CAGGAUAAUGAAGUCAAAUGAUUAUUUUGAAAUGCAGUUAAAAACUAUUGAUUGUCCUCCACGAAGUAAGGCAGAGAAGUUUAAGUAUAAAGAAAAUGAACAACUGCUCCAUCCUGGUUUGGAAAUACCUCUGGCUGCUGUAGCUUGUAUCGCAGGAAAGGAAUCUUAUAAAUUACACCAAAAACUCGAAAAUAUUUCUCGCAUACAUCCAAUCUCACAGAGUUGGCAGUCAGAUUCAGCUGUAUUUAUAGGCUGUGAGCAGGGACAACUUUUGAAAAUCAGCGAAGAUACUUCAGAAGUUACUAUUAUUUUCAAUCCAGAAGAAGAAGAUCACCAUUCUUCAGUAACAGAACUAGAGUAUAAUGGUGGAUGGGAAUAUUCCAUGAACAUUAUUUGUUUUCACAAGAAUAUUUUAUUUACUGCUGGCAAGAAUGGAUAUCUUUGUGUGUUUGAUGUUUCCAAGGAUGAUGCUAUAAAGUUGAUAACUUUCUACAACAUAGAAUCGCCUGUCACAUCAAUGAUUUUAACUCUUUCACAUGAUAAGCUUUUGUUAGGAACAGCUGGAGGUAAAAUUCAGACACAUGAUAUUGACAAAAUAGACAAUGUUGAAAAAUUGGAGGAUGAAUCAAGUUCAGAAUUUGUGGAUAUGAGACCUGUCUAUCCAGGAACAACAGUUGCAGUUUCUGCUCGACAAAAUGGUUUAAUUGAAUUUUGGGACAUGAAAACUGAGAAAAAACAUUCUUUUUUUGAUUUAGAAAAUGAGGUGUCCUCCUUGAACUGUAACCCUUGCUGUCAUGUUGUCGUUGUAGGACUCAGUACUGGUAGACUUUGUGUGCUAGAUAUCACUGAAACAACAGCACCCCGUCUAAUUUAUAGUAAAGCAAUUUGUUCAUAUUCACUUACUUGUUUACACUAUGACCGGCAGGCUUGUUACCUGUUUGUUCUCACCAACAAUAAGAUUCUCUUCAUCCUUGAUGCUGGUAUUAAGACUCGUUAUAAAAUAUACGGCUUUCUCGAAAUGCCCAACUUGUUAUUGUCUGUUGCCACAGAGAGUACUGCUGGUGUCAAGGUUUAUGUCUCAGCUGCAUCUGACCACAUGGAACAAGAAACAGAAUUCAAUAAACUUAUAUUUUUCUAUUUGGAACCAAACUUCAAAAGUACAUUUCAUGAUAAGUUCCAAAGUUCAAUGAGUAUAUUUGACAACGAUAAGCUUUGUAUGAAUGUACUUCUACUCACGUCUCCCGGUAGAGGGCUGGAAGCUAUGAAUGAACAUGUCUAUACUACAUUCAAGAAAUCUCAAGAACUUGCACAGAUAAAUUACAAAUUUGAUGCUGAUUCAGAGCAGGGCCUUGGAUGGGAAAUUUCAAAGAGAUUCCCAUUUGACCAAUUUUCUGCUUGUUGCCUAUGUACCAGUUAUGAUGAGAAAUGGCUACUAAUGGCUGCUGAAGAUGGAUCCAUCCAUGCUUUUCUAGCUGUAGAUCUGAGUAAAAUUCAACUCAGCUCAAUCACACAUAACUAUCACAACAGAGGUGUGAAGACCAUCGUUCUAUCAUGGGAUUGUCAGUUCCUUUUGGUCACCGCGUAUGAUGGCACUGCUUCUUGCUAUAAAAUCAAUCAUGAACAUAAACUUUUGACCAAAAUUCAGAGCCGUGUUUCAAAGGAAUGGUAUCAAAUGACCAUCAACCAGAAACCUUACCUUGCUAAAAAAGAGAGCAAAGCAUGCAUGAAACUACAUAGUAUUGGAUUACCAUCUCAAGAGGCAGGAACCUCAGAAAAGAUGCCAUUACCAAUUACAUGGCUGGAUACUCAGAGAAAAAUAGCUCUUGAAGAGAAAGAGAGAGAAAUAUCAGAAGAGAAACAGAAAAUUAAAGAUGCAGUUUCUAAGAUACGACAAACUGUACAAGAUAUGCUCAAAGCCAAUGACAACCGUCCAGAUAUUGAGAAGCUGGAGCAAUACGAAUUUGAUUUAGAUGUUGAGGAACAAGUACGUCUUCAGGCUGAUGGCGAAGCAGCCAUUCAGAAGAUAUAUGAAAACACUGAAUAUGAAAAUCUGACUAAAUUGUUUGUCAAAGAGAAAAUCAAAGAAGAAUGCUAUGACAAUAUGUUUGUCAAGGGCCGAUCCCUAAAGGCCUUCCUCAUUCCUCUAGAAGUUGAGAAUUUUCCCCUGAUUGAAAGGUCAAAAGAAGAACUGGAGCUACUGCAAAGGGUUGAGAACAAACGGAAAGUUGAGAAAAUAGUUGAUAUGUUUAACCAAGAGAUAUUUGAAUUAAUAUCCAGAGCUAGUGGUUCACAAAGUGUAGAUAUGCUUGGUUCAAUAGAAAGUAUGCAAGAUGAGGAGGACAAAUCUGAAACUGAACACAGAAGUGAAAGCCAACUGGAUCAAGAAGACUCUAACAUUGAUAACCAGGACCAAAUACACUACCAAGUUGCUGAAGACAAGACCAAGGCAAUUGAAAGCAGAGCAGAAGAGAUGCCAAUGUCCACUGCAAUUGCAGGAAGUUUUGGUUCUUCAUAUGGUGGUGAGAGUGCAUACUUGUAUAACCAACUGGAGCUUCACAGUCGAGACCAGAAGAUAUCACAGAUAAUUCUAUUACAAGGCAUCAUCUACAAAAUAAAGGAAACCUUCAACAAGGAGUUUGAUGAGUUGUUUAACCGCAAAGAAGUAGAGAUUGGCAAAAUCAAAGAGAAGAACAAGCGAGUUAGUGUGAUCAUAUCUGACCUUGAGCUGGGUGAAGAGGUCCUUGUUCCAGAAUUUACUGUGGCAGAGAGACCGGAAUUGGCUUUUAUAGUCGAUGAUUCUGAAGUCACAAUUGAAAGGUACCUGACUGCCGAGGAGAAAAAAGCCAUAGAAGAAGCCAAAUGCAUUGAAGAGGAGCGUAUAAGGAGGGAAAGAGCUGACAAUUCCCAUGAAAGAGGCAUAAUGGAUAUGAUGGGUGGUGUUCUUGAGAUCAGAAAAGAGGAUGAAUUGAAGAAGGACAUACCGAUGCCGCUAGUUGGACCAAAUGAAGAAGAAUGGACAGACGAAGAAGUGAAAAUGAUGAAAGAAUACGAGCGGAAAGUGAAAGAAUUAAAUGAAGAAAGGGAGAAAUAUCGCAAAGGUCUUGAGACUGAACUGAAGAAAUUACGAGGGAUCAUUCAAGAAAUAAUGGUAGCUUUCGAUGAAUUGGUGAAUGCAUUAUUUCAGAAACACACCCAGGUGUUAAUGGCUGUCUAUCAGGAAGAGCUGAAGCUUAACCGUAUCAAAAUGAAUUUGAUGAUGGAAGAUGAAUUUGCCAUUUAUGAAAAGCAUCUGAUUUGGGAAAGGAACAACAUACGAAAUUUUGUGGAUAACAUUGUUCAACAUGUACAAGACUCUGAGAAGAGAAUAGCAGAUUAUCGAGUGAAAUAUGAACAACUUCUGUUAGAAGACAGACAGUUGGAUAAGGGUUUCAGAAAUGAAUUCCUUGGUGUUCCUGUGGUUCUUCUAGAGACUCUCUACAAGCAAUUCCGGAAACGUCCAAGGGCUUAUAAAUUCAAAACGCCAGAUACAAUGCCAUCUGGGGAGAUUGUGAUGCAAACGAUAUAUAACCAAAGGAAAAUUGUGAUUGCUCAACAAGGGAAUGCUUCAAUUGCAGUUGCUCUUAAGGAAAUUGACAAUGACAGCUACCGGCCAGAAGGCUUAGACCAAAAUACUUGGACAAAGUUAUGCCAGAUAAGAAGAAUUAAACUCAAAAAAGAAGAACAGAUAAUGAAAAGUAUUUUAACAUUUGCUGAGAUGGGUGAUUUCCACCAGUAUAAAAUAGAUCAGCUGGAGAUGACACACGCUGAAAUGGAUGAGAUUGAAAUGAAAAUAAAGAAACUGAAGAGAGACAAACAACAAUUCCACAUUGACAUUGAUAUACAGCUUUUGAUAAAGCAGGGACAAGUGGAGUUAGAACAUGAUGCCCUGAUUCAUAAUUACCAAGGGGCUGUCCUAAUACACCGCAGCAUUAUUGAAGAGCUUAACGCCAAAAUUAAGGAACUUGGAGAACAGAAAAUUUCUAGCAUGGUUGAAAGCAAAAACUUCAAAAAGCAAAUAUUUCAUAAAGAAUGGGAACACAGAAAAAUGAUGAUGAUGAUGGAAGAUCUAAAACAAAAGAUGAAUAUAGUAAAAUUUAUGAAAGUGACCCGUGAAGUACAAAAGGUAAGUUGUGGCAAGAAAGAUAUGAAACCAAUAUAACCGACUUUAUUUUCUCUUGU